AUGAAGCUGCAAUUAAAAUUCGCUAAAUUUAUUGGUGAGCUAAUUUUAAUUUGUGCCACCAUCACCAGUCAAGUUGCAGGCCAGGGUAUAAAUUUUAAUGAUUUCGGAAAUUCGGCUGUUAAUAUUAUUCAAGGAUUAAGUUCACAAGGCAUACAGGAAAUACCAACACCAGAUAAAAUAUUCUCUACAUCAAUUCAAGUGUUAUUUGGUUUCCCCGAACAAGUAAUUUUUACUGCUAUCAAUCAGGCAUGUUCGUUGUUUUUGGCUUCGGGAGCUAUUAAUCCCCGAGUAACUCCCAGUGUUGAGAAAAUGCAUUUCCAAUUGAGAACUCCAUGUAAAAAUAUAAGUGUUCCUCUGCAGCAACCAGAGGAGCUUGUUAAUUUAGAGGAAUUCGAUAUUGAGAAGAAAGUAGUUAUAUUAGUAAGUGGUUGGGGUUCGGAUGGAAAUAAGAGUACAUAUAUUCAAGAUUUUGCCGAUGCUUUUAAUUGCCGGGGUGAACAUAAUUUUGUGUACCUAAACACAGGAGAUUCCAUACAAACUCUGUAUUCAUGGUCCGCCUUUAAUACAGAUGAAAUUGGUAACAUUUUGGCAGAGAGUUUGCAACGCUUGACCCAAUGCAUUCCCGUGGAGAAUAUACAUUUAAUAGGUCACAGUUUGGGUGCACAAAUUGUUGGCAAAGCUGGACGACAAUAUAAGGAAUUAACGGGACAAUCGCUGCCACGUAUAACUGGCUUAGACCCGGCCAAUCCAUGUUUCAAUGAAGGUGAACAGUUAUCGGGUAUAUCACGUGGUGAUGCAACAUUUGUUGAUAUCAUACAUUCAAAUCCGGGUGUUUUGGGUAAAUCUCAGUCGUUGGGAGAUGUUGAUUUCUAUCCAAAUGGCAAGCAAGCCAUACAACCGGGAUGUGUUAAUUUUGGCUGUUCCCAUGAACGUUCCAUGCGUUAUUUCAUUGAAACUGUGUAUCCCGUCAAUGAGCAGAACUUUGUGGCAAAACGUUGUAACUCACUGGAUGGUAUUGAUAAUGGACGAUGUAAUGGUCCGGAACAUGUUAUGGGCUAUGCUGUACCACAUGAUAUUGAGGGAAAUUAUUAUUUGAAUGUAAACGGCGAUCAGCCGUAUGGUCAAAAUGCACCAGCUGAGGCAAUUGUUCAACCAAAUCAAUGUGGUAAAUGUGACAAUAUUGAAUUCCCAGAUGAUGUCAAUUAA